UGGCAGCUACUUUUUGCGCUGCUCGCUGCUGCCACUUCUGCUGAGCCAAAGACAAAGCCAGAGGCAAAGUCCAAGCCAGGCUAAGCCAAACUAAACCUGGCCCAAACGGCCGGCCACUCGGCCACUGUCCACCAGUUGGCCACUUUCGCGCGCGUUCCAGCCAAGUGCACUCUGCAGUCUGCAGUCUGCCGUCUGCAGUCUUUUUUGCCCGCGUCUCCCAAUCCGCGAAGAAUUCUGUCGCAAAGUGCAAUGCAUUUUCGCCAUUCCGCAAGUGCAGCUGCUCCCCCAGCUCGCGGUAUCACAAUUAAAAAUCGAGUCGAGUGAACUCGCAAAUUGUUAUCACCACACGUCGCGUCGUCUGAGUCGGUAAAAAACAAACCAGAAACCAGGCCCUCGGAAGGGUUGAAAUUGGUCAAGUGUCAAUACGAUCGAGGCCGUAAUAAACGUGUUUCAGUGCUUCCCUGAAUAGUUAUUCUGAUCCGCUGAUCAGCUGAGUGAAUGCAAGUGAACGAAAUUUGAGGAAUAUCUACUUACUACGAAUCCCGGCUAAUUGUGAGAAUUUCCACGAGCCACUCAGAGGAGUAAAGUCAGAUGUCGCCUCCAGCUCGAUUCCCCAAAAAGUAAAUGAAACAAUAAAAUAAACCAAAUAGCGCGUUACUUAAUUGAAACGUUAAAUAGAUUUUCCGAGCGCCCUCAAGUGGAACUAAUUAAAAAAGGAAACACCCUGCACAACCGCCAAUCGAAGGUGCUUAAAUGAUUAUGCAUGGUACCUGGUACAAGGGACCUCAGUUGGCGCACCAUCCUCACUCGAAUCCGCACAACAGUUCGCACGGCCACAGUGACUACCACCAGUUUCGCUCGUACCCCUCGUUCGUUGUGACCCCCUACCACGAUGGCCAUGUCCAAGGCCCGGCCACGCCCACUCCCUGCCCGGCCCCGCCGACGUCCUGCAACGGUCCAGUUCCAGUUUCAAUUCCCGUCUGCCACACCGGCGGCCAGGGGUCGCCAGUAAUAGUUGAGAGCUCCUUUGCAGCCGCCGCCGCCGCCGCUGCAGCGGCUGCUGCCGCCGCCGUCGGAGGAUCCAGUGCCACGCCCCUGCUGCCCAGUCCGCCCAUCAAGAUCGAGCAGGUCUUUGGCGAGCCCUCUUCGCUUGGAGCUGUGGUCGAGGAUUACGCGCUGGGACUAGAUUGCCCUGUGGAACACACGUUUCGAAAGCCGCACAACAACAGCGGCUACUCGUGGUCCACCGGCAACAACAACGAGGUUGUCAGUAAUAGCAGCAACGGCCACACCAACAACCACACCAACAACCACCCAACAACACCACCCACGCCGCCCAACGAGACGAGCGCCACCCAAGCGACUUCAGUGUCCGCAAUUAAUUUGAAUCAAGCCCAACCCGCAUCACAGACGCGUUCAAACUUUGGCAGCUCCAUAAAGUCACCACCAUCAGAGCCGGACGCGGUCGCCGCUGCCACGUGCAAAAGUCAGGAGAGUAACUCUGGCCAGAACCCCACCUCCAACUCCAUCUCCAUCUCCAUCUCCGACUCCGAUCCAAACCCGGCUCAUAACCCCAAUUCGAAUUCAACGGCCGCUGCUGUGGCCGCCGCUGCCGCCGCCGCCGCCGCUGCCAACAUGCCGAUCGGCGGCGUCCAGGGCCAGAAUCCCACCCAGGGCCUGGUCCACUGGAUGAGCGCCGUGAUGGCCGAGCACAUGACCGGCCAGACGCACCACGAUCCUGGCGCCGUAGGCAUGCACUACAUGUGGAACGGAAACGUUGACCAUGCCAAAGACAUAGGCGAUUACAAUCUUUGGCCGCCAACGCCGCGCAGUCAUCAGCAUGCCAGCGAGCAUCACCCGAUGUCCCUGAAGCAGGAGUACGAGGCCAAAAUGAACGACCACCACCACAACAAUCUGCAGAAAGGUCACUUUCUGGAUGACAAUCGUCUGGAGCAUCACGCGGUUACCGGACAAGGUGGCCUGGGUCUAGGUGCAUCCAACGGAGUUGGCGGAGGAGGCGGUGGCGCCUCUGUUGGUGGCAAUUCCAGCCUCGGCGCCAGUUCCCACCACGCCGUCGCCGCCGCCCACCAUCACAACCAGGCGGUGGCAGCUGCUUCGGCGGCCGCUUUGCUGGUGGUGCCCCAGCCGAUCAAUGCCAGCAAAAUGGGUGGACCCGGCGGAGUCUCCUCCGUGGCGGGUGGACAUGCCACCGGCGGAGGGAGUGGGCGAAAGUAUCAGUGCAAAAUGUGCCCCCAGAUUUUUAGCUCGAAGGCUGAUCUCCAGCUGCACACACAGAUCCACAUGCGAGAGGCUAAGCCGUACAAGUGUACACAAUGCUCGAAGGCCUUCGCCAACUCGUCGUAUCUGUCGCAGCACACCCGGAUCCACCUGGGCAUCAAGCCGUACCGCUGUGAGAUCUGCCAGCGAAAGUUCACGCAGCUCUCGCAUCUGCAGCAACACAUCCGGACGCACACGGGCGACAAGCCGUACAAGUGCAGGCAUCCCGGCUGCCAGAAGGCCUUCUCGCAGCUCUCCAACCUGCAGUCGCACUCGCGGUGCCACCAGACGGACAAGCCGUUCAAGUGCAACUCCUGCUACAAGUGCUUCUCGGACGAGCCCUCGCUGCUGGAGCACAUCCCCAAGCACAAGGAGUCGAAGCACCUAAAGACGCACAUCUGCCAGUACUGUGGCAAGUCGUACACCCAGGAGACCUACCUGACCAAGCACAUGCAGAAGCACGCGGAGCGGACGGACAAGCGGCCACCUAUUGUGCCGGGCAGUGCGGCGGCCAUUGCAGCGGCGGCCGCUGCAGCUGCCGGAGGGUCGGCCAACCCGACCAAUGGACCGCCCCCGCCGCCCAAUCCCGCUCAGCAUCAGCGCAAUAACUUGGGCUUGCCCCCCGUCUCCAUUGCCCCCAGCGACAACGGCUACUGGCCAAAGGUAAGUCCGGACUCGGCCGCUGCAGCCAACGCCAUGGAGGUGAUGCACCAGCAGCAGCAACAACAGCAGCAGCAGCAACAGCAGCAGCAGGCGCACCACCACCAUCCGCAGCACGGAGUCCCGCCGCAGCAACAUGUCCCGCCCCAGCAGCAGCAGCAACAGCAGCAGCAGCAACACCACCAUCCGCAGCAGCAGCCUCCUCCGCAGCACAGCAUGGAAGCCCACUACGCGCAGCCGACGGCUCCCAACGGAGCCCAAAGCAACGGACACGGUACGGAGUUGCAGCCCCAUCAUCGCAUGCCCGAUCCUGUGCGGGAGGAUAUUGCCUCGACGCCCAGCGCCGUAGGUCCCUAUGAUGCCGCAUCCAUAACGAAAGCCAACAGCAACUCGGCGUUCACGCCGAUCAACUCGAUGCCCCCGCACCUGAACUCUCUGAGCCACCACCCCAUGGCCCAGCGGCCCUAUCUCUACGAUGCCAUCAGCUUCCCGAACAAGAACGUGAACCAGAACAACGCGAACGGGUUCCCCAACCAGCUGAUCUCGCUGCACCAGAUCCGCAACUACGCCCACCAGCCGGCGGGAUUGAUGGCGGGGGAGCACCUCCUGGGCGUGAGUGUGGGUCCUGGGAAGGACAAGGGAUAGCU